GCAUUGAAUGAGCAACUCAUCUGAAGCUGGUUUCUGCCUUUCUCACUCAAGGACCUCACAUGCAUAAUCUUUGCAUCACGCUGUACAUAGAUACAUAAAUGAGCAUACUUAUACAGCGAUAUUUUUUAUGAAAAUUGUUGUAUUAAGAGAACAUAUUGCUUCUUAAGUUGCGUUGCUUUACUGGUGGUGAGCAAGUAGUGGGAUCAUCCCCACAUAACCAUAAUAGUUUAACUGUAGAAAGAUCUUUCGUAAACAAUACAAACGCAUUCAUCUCUGCCUCCUGCCCAAUGAGAUCGAGGCUUACGAGGAGGACCCAGAUGAAGAUCCAAGAUUUGAAACAAGGAGGACCAGAAGAUAACGUAAAUCCGAAUCCUUCUCAAACUCAAAUAAAUUUUGUGGUUGGUUAAGUUGUGGUUCUCGGGCUAUCCAUAAGCUCACGAGUAUUAUUCACUUCAUCUUCUCCUGAGCCGUUCACGUAAUAAAACAAAUAUGCUUGGUGCUUAGGAAUCUUCACCCCCAUCCAUAUUACGAUAUUGACUUUUUCUCCUCUUUUGAGAACUAAUCGGUCAAUCUAAUUCCAGACAUUCGAGAGGUAACAACAACACACGCACAUAGAAAACAUACCGGCAUUCGGUCAUUUCCAAGUUGCCCAAAGUUUUAACUUUUCAUCAAUAAUUACUUGACAAACAAUAAUAAAUAGUUCAGGAUUGUGAAGUACUUAAAAAAGCAUUGAGAAUAGUUUUUUUCAAAAUGUGCUCCAAAAAAUCUGCAAACUGUUCCGACGACGAGAGUCGAGAAAGUUACAUUGAUGCUGAAGGGAUGAGCGGUGAAUCAUUACCAUCUUCAGUACAUUCAGAAUUCGACAGAAGCAGCAACACAAGUUCUCCAGAAAUAAUUUCUGAAUCAGAAUCCUUCCUUCAUCCAACAGACACACCAAAUCGGUGCAAUGGUCAUGAAAGUGAGAAGUCGGUGAAAAUUCCCAAAACUAAAAAUACAGUGUCAGAUUGUUCUCCGGUAUCGAAAAAAGCAAAGAGAGUGAACUACGACUCGGUGUCUUCUCUGAGUGUGUCAUCUUCCCCGGAACAUAAUCGAUCCUCCUCUUCUGAAACCACUGGACGUGAAAAACUACAGAGAAAAAGUACUGGAUCGCAUCGGUCGUCUGCAUUCCAUCCUCAUCAUCAUCAUGAAGAUAUAGAGCCUUUAGCCCAGAUCAAUUCAAUGAGCAUAAAUCAUGCAGAUAUUUUGAUAAAAAUGGAAUAUGAAUUGCGAGAAAAAAAGUUGCAAAUGGAUCUCAAUUCAAAUAACCAUGUUUUUGCUGACUACAACAAACCGCGACACCAAUCAUAUCAAGCUGAAUUAUUUAAUGACAAAAAGACUACAACAACGCAAUCUCAAGUUUCCUCCAAGCCCAAAUUGUCAUUUGGAAUUGACAGAAUCUUAUCAGACGAGAAUUCCAGUCCAGAAGUUGAGACAACAAAAGAAUCAGAUGACGAAUCAUCUCCCCUUGCGACAUCGGAUGAGCCAUCCUACUGUCACAUUUCAAAGACGAUUUCUAACGGGGAUCUCAACGUUUCCAUUCGCCACAGUAAUCUUGGUUUCCAUCAUCAACAGCACCACCACCACCACAGACAUCCCAACUUUCACCACAAUAAUGCAUCGAGCUCUCUGCGAUGCACAGAAUGCUUCUUUUUAGGGAGAUAUUGCAGAAACAAUGAGAAUUUACAGUAUUCCCCGCUGUUAGUCAACUCUUCGCCAGGAGCGGUCAGCGUUGGUGGGGCUGCGACUGGUGGACCCAGCUCUGCAAUCUCCGCCCCUUUCUCUCAUCCGUGGAUGUCUUCUUCAAUUUACGAAAACUCGCCGCUCCUCUCGCCAUCAGCUUAUCACCACCCAUCUUCUGGCCUCCCAUCAACUUAUGGACUCAACGCUUCCAACUUUUCGACAAUGUCCUCACUCGUUGGCUGCAGUUCGGUGUCGGGCGGAGGGAGGAGGAAGCGUUCCUGGUCGCGAGCAGUAUUUUCCAGUUUGCAGCGAAAAGGUUUGGAGAAGCGGUUUCAAAUUCAAAAGUACAUCACCAAACCUGACAGGCGACAAUUGGCUGCAACACUCGGACUAACUGAUGCACAGGUCAAGGUUUGGUUCCAAAACAGAAGGAUGAAAUGGCGUCACUCUAAAGAUGGGAAAUUGACGAGUGGAAUUGGCAAUGGAGUCACAGCACCUUCGUCUGCAAUGUCUACAGCCGUGAAUGAUAAAAAGUAAAUGCGAUAUGAAUAUAUAUUUUAGUGAUGGAACGUAUGGAGAUAAAAAUAAUAGUGUUUUAUAUAUUUCUGAAGAGCCAUUUUUAUAAAAUUAAAAUGAGAAUAUUUUUAAUCAAUAAAGAAAUUGACCAAAUCCAUGUUUAUAUUUUCACAGUUCAAGGAACAAUUUAUUUUACUGGUUGUAAAUAUUGGUGUAGGUUGACAAAAUCAUAUCCUGAUUAUUAUUAUUCAUCCGAUUUUGAUAACUUUUUAAACUUUGGUGUUCUGGUUGGAAUGAAAUAAUCAACUGGAUUAUACACAGUCCACUUAAUUGCAGCUGUUGAAUUAAUUUUUACAACAGUUUGUUGAGA